UGUAGUCCGGGGUGGGAGGCGUCCUAGGAACCAGUACAAGAAACCCCUCAGCGGCUGGCAGGCAUUAAUGGUCUUAACCACCACCGGGAGCACCUGCGAAGAGCGUGGCCGAGUUAACCAGAAGCACUUUUUUUUCACCAUGGACCCGAACGCCAGCGGACUCGCCGCGAGGUUGGCCGAAGCCGGCCAGUCUCACCUCCUGCAGUUCUGGAAAGAGCUGAGCCCCGAGGAGCAGGGCGACUUCGCCCUGGACCUGCAGAACAUGGACUUCCAGGAGAUCAACGGGUUCUUCCGGAGGGCCAUGGAGGCGUCCGGCGGCAGCAAACAGGAGAAGAUGGACGGCCGCAUGGAGCCGGUGCCCCGGGAGGUGCUGGGGAGCGUGACGAGGGACCGGGAGAGUCUGAAAGGCUGGGAGGAAGAAGGUCUCCGCUGCAUCUCUCAGAGUAAAGUGGCCGUCCUGCUGCUGGCCGGGGGCCAGGGAACCAGACUGGGGGUCUCUUACCCCAAAGGCAUGUACGACGUGGGGCUGCCGUCCCACAAGACCCUCUUUCAGAUCCAGGCCGAGCGCAUUUGGAAACUUCAGCAGCUGGCGGAGCAGAAGCACAGCAUCAAGUGCUGUCUUCCCUGGUACAUCAUGACCAGCGGCAGGACGAUGGCGUCCACCAAGGAGUACUUCUCGCGACACAACUAUUUCGGCUUGGAGAAGAACAACGUCAUCUUCUUCCAGCAGGGCAUGCUGCCAGCCAUGGACUACAACGGCAAGGUCAUCCUGGAGAACAAGGGGAAGCUCUCCAUGGCCCCUGACGGGAACGGGGGUCUCUACAGAGCGCUGGGGAACCAGGGCAUCCCGGAGGACAUGCAGCGCCGGGGGAUUGAGUUCAUCCACGUGUACUGCGUGGAUAACAUCCUGGUCAAAGUGGCGGACCCCUCCUUUAUUGGUUUCUGCGUGAAGAAGGGAGCGGACUGUGGAGCCAAGGUGGUGGAGAAAACCAACCCGACGGAGGCGGUGGGUGUGGUCUGCAAGGUGGACGGGCUUUAUCAGGUGGUGGAGUACAGCGAGAUCACCCUGGCAACCGCCGAGAAGCGCAGCGCCGACGGCCACCUGACGUUCAACGCCGGAAACGUGGCCAAUCACUUCUUCAGCUUCUCCUUCCUCAGAGACAUCGUUCAGAAGUACGAGCCGGAGCUGCAGCACCACGUGGCCCAGAAGAAGAUCCCACAUGUGGACACGAAGGGUCAACUCAUCAAACCCGACAAACCAAACGGGAAAAUGGAAAAGUUUGUCUUCGACAUUUUCCAGUUCGCCAAGACGUUCGUCGUGUACGAGGUGCUGCGGGAGGACGAGUUCUACCCGCUGAAGAACGCCGACAGCCAGGACGCCAAGGACACGCCCACCACCGCCAGACACGCCCUCAUGUCCCUCCACCGCCGCUGGUUGCUCAACGCCGGCGGCCACUUCAUCGACGAGAACGGCCGACACGUGCCCGCCAUACCCAGAGACGGAUCAGCGGACAGUUUCACAGAUGAUGGCAACAGAAACCUGAAGGACGGAACCGACCUGCCAAUCAAAUGUGAGAUCUCCCCGCUGGUGUCCUACGGGGGAGAGGGCCUCGAGGAGCUGGUGAAGGGGCGAGAGUUUCAUCCCACCCUGACGAUCGACGAGCACGGCGUCCACGAGCUGGUGAAGAACGGCGUGUAGGCGAGGAAGAGGCGUGUAGACGAGGAAGAGGCGAGGGAUGAGGAAGAGGCGAGGGACGAGGAUGAGGCGACCCAAAGACCGAACCUGCCCCCGAUUCUUUUGUCUCUCGCCAUUUUUUUUUUUGCUGGGGGAGAAACUGUGAUGUCAUCACUGUGCAAUAAUAAUAAUAAUAAUAAUAACAAUAACAAUAACAAAUGUUGGUGUCCUUUUGAAAGAGGCCCGCCGGAUGAAGUUUACUUUUUCAGAGCCGUGUUUUCGUACACGUUGACGUCGUUUUUGUUUAAUCCGAAGAGCACUUGAGCACAGCGAGAGAUGAAGGAACCAAAUCGCUGUCGCACCGACCGGAUGAAGCGGUCUGCGGGUGCAUCUAUUUAUUUUUGUUGCUUUAUAUAUUUUUAUAUGUACCAUCUACUCAUUUUACCUGGUGAUUUUUUUUAUUUUUUUUUUAUAUACGACCUGUAUGAUCUGAAAGACGUUUCUUACUAGCAUGCAAUCGAAGGUACGGGGGGAGGGGUGGGGGGGUAUUUAUAAUAUCUGCGUCUUUUUAAUGCUUGUAAUCAUUGUAGAUGAGAUAUUAUUCAGCUUUAAGAGAUUCUAUGACUUCUAUCUUUAUUAAAGAAAUGUCCUAAUUGGAAAACCUA